UGGAGGGCUGCUGUGCAGUGAGCGCGACAAGCAGCAGGAAGAGGGAGGAAAGGAGAAAGCAGCUGCAGAGAACAUAUAUUCAUGUAUAUAUAUCAAUCCAUCACUUACUGACUUAGUUCACUCGCGCUUUCAGCUGUUUGCUGGAACCAGUCUGCAGUUUUACUGGAGUCUGAUGGUGUCUGUGUAGAAGAUGGCGCCGUCGGGCUCGGGCAGCGUUAAAAGGAGCUGUCAGAGAGUUUUAUACUGGAUUCCAGUUCUGUUUAUCAGCAUCAUAGUAUGCUGGUCCUAUUACGCCUAUGUCAUCCAGCUCUGCAUAGAAUCCAUGGGGAAUAUUGGAGAAAAAGUUGUUUGCCUGCUAGCUUAUCAUGUUUUCUUCAUCAUGUUUGCCUGGGCAUACUGGAAAACAAUUUUCACAAAGCCGAUGAAUCCAUCUAAAGAGUUUCAUCUCUCCUAUGCUGACAAAGAACUCAUGGAGCGUGUGGAUCGAGGAGAGUCACAACAAGAACUCCUUAGAAGGAUUGCCAAGGAUUUGCCUGUUUAUACAAGGACAAUGUCUGGAGCAAUAAGAUACUGUGAUCGAUGUCAGCUUGUGAAGCCAGAUCGUUGUCACCACUGCUCAGUGUGUGAUAAAUGCAUUUUAAAAAUGGAUCACCACUGCCCCUGGGUUAACAAUUGUGUGGGAUUCUCCAAUUACAAGUUUUUCCUCCUGUUCUUAGCAUAUUCUUUGCUUUACUGCCUAUUCACCGCAGCAACAGAUUUACAGUACUUCAUCAAAUUCUGGACUAAUGGCCUUCCUGAUACCCAAGCCAAAUUCCACAUCAUGUUUCUCUUUUUUGCUGCUGCCAUGUUUUCUGUUAGCCUUUCUUCAUUGUUUGGAUAUCACUGUUGGCUGGUUAGUAAGAACAGAUCCACUCUAGAGGCCUUCAGAGCACCUGCUUUUCGACAUGGAGCUGAUAAAAGUGGAUUCAGCCUGGGUUUCAGCAAAAAUCUUCGUCAGGUGUUUGGCGAUGAAAAGAAGUAUUGGUUUUUGCCAGUUUUUACAAGCUUAGGAGAUGGCUGCUCUUUCCCAACGUGUCUCGUGAACCAGGAUCCUGAACAGCCCCCAACUCCUGCUGGGAACAAUUCAGCUGUCAAAAAUGGAGACAAUCACCCAUUUCCAGCCAAGCCUUUACGAGAAAGUCAAAGUCACCUGCUGAAUAGUGAGAAGUCCUGGCCUGAACACGACGUAGGAGAAGACAAAGAAAAGCAUGGUACAAGCAAUCCAGCAAUGACAAUUGAAAAUGAAACCUAGAAACAGAUGGCAAUAUAUCUGAAUGGCUAUACGCUGCUUACAGAAGAGAUUACACAAAGGCUCAUUGCACCGGGAACGGCUGGUCCCCUGGCCACCCUCAUCUCUGUGCCUGUGUGGGUGUUUGACACAGCCAGCAUUCCAGCAUCUGAUUGGCUCUUUUCAUAUCACUGCUCAAUACACAGAACAUUUGUAUCUUAAUAUCAGUAAAGUGCAGUGGAUUUUCUACUCAAAGAAUAUUGGUAAUUGCUAAUUCACUUGACCAGUUUUAGAUUGCAAAAUACUGUUUGUUAAAGAGUCAUUUAGAAGAGGACAUGGGUGAAGUGUACAUACAAUGUCCCAUCAUCCUGAAUUAAUUGUAACGGUGAUGAACAGAAUUACAGUUGUUGAACGAAUUAAGAGAAAAGUUACACUCAGGCAGUUUUUAAGGAAAGACAGAAAUAAAAUUUGUGCACUUUUUGUGCUAUGUGGAUAUUAAGGCAAUUAUUGUUCAGUCGUCUGCCUGAUUGUAAAAUUAACAUCUGCUUUUCCAAGCAGAUUAAUAAGAUAAGGGCACCUUUGUUACAGUGAAAUGUGUUUAACAAUGGGGUUUAGGAGUCCAGUUCCAAAAAACCAUGAUUUAAUGUGUUCUUCUUUAUUUGAGAAACAUUAAUAUAUGCUUACAAAGUAACUGUAGUGUUGACUGCAUUGCUUCACGGUACAAUAUGAGUGUGUGACUGUUUUAAUUCGGGUACUGUAUGUAAAAGAAUUUACUUAGUUGGGCAUCAAAGUAUUGAUCAACUCUUCAUAGGGAUGCUUUUUUUGCU